UCACUGGGUGUUGUGUGCCUUCCUUUGCAGGUUCAUGAUUAAGAGAGCCCAAGGAAGGAAGCGUUUUGGGAUGAAGAAUUUCAAGAAAAGGUGGUUUCGCCUGACAAACCAUGAAUUCACCUACCAGAAAAACAAAGGUGAUCAGCCUCUCUGUAGUAUCCCCAUCGAAAACAUCCUGGCUGUGGAGCGACUAGAGGAGGAGUCUUUCCGAAUGAAAAAUAUGUUCCAAGUUAUCCAGCCAGAGCGAGCACUGUACAUCCAGGCCAACAACUGUGUGGAAGCCAAGGACUGGAUCGACAUCCUCACCAAAGUGAGCCAGUGCAACCAGAAGCGCCUCACUGUCUACCACCCAUCCGCCUACUUGAAUGGCCACUGGCUGUGUUGCAGGGCUUCCUCGGACACUGCUCCUGGUUGCACCCCCUGCACCGGGUAAGUCUAUAGUUCUUCAGCCUUGCUUAACUAGGCACAGUCAUCAGCCUUUGCACUAUCCGAGGAGAGUCAGUCAAGGUGCUGAGUUGAGACUAAAGUGCAACAUACCUGCUCAAAGACCACACCCAGCAGAGCUGUUCUUGGGGGAGCCCCUGGAUGUGUCCCUCUUGAAGAUUCUGCAUAGGCUGAUGGGAGCUGCAAACCUUUGUGGUUUCCCGUGUCUCCUGCCCAGGACAGAGAUAUCCUCACAGGUAGUGGGCAAGAGAGGAGGGUCUCGAGGCAGAGGACGAAGGGCUGGGUGUUCUAUUUCUUUUAAGAUGAAUCUUGAUGGAUUGUGCCUCCCUGAGAAUGCCCUUAGCUCACAGAUGCCUCACCCUGGUUUCCCCAUUUGGGCCAGUGCUACUUCACCUUCUUAGAAACUGAAACAGUUGCUGUCUUCCUGGCCAUGUAGUCAGCUGGGCCUCAUGCAGUUGUCAGAGCCUUUGUCAUCUCAUCUCUGCCAAUCCUAGAGGCAGCCCAGGUACCUAAAGAUUGGCAGUGCCCCUUGUUCAGCUCUAUGUAGCUUGUACACAUAAAAGAAGAAGCAAUGACAGCCUCAUGUGACAAGCCCUGAAGUGGACAAGUGUUAAGGGCCACUCACCCACUCUUCAGGCUGUCAUUUAACCUCCUAGAUCCUUGGAGUGGGACAUGGUGUCCAGCUUCAUCAGUGUAGAGCCUGAAGUUCAAGGGGGGCUAUUGUCAGGCCCCCAGGUGUGGUGGGGCUGUGCCUCCAAAACCCCCUGGGAGGGGAUCAAGGGCCUCUCCAUCUCAAGCCUGGGACAGGAGCCAAAGCCACAUAGCCUUGAAGGAUGAGAGGACACCUGGCCUGUCACCCUGGGACAGCCAGCUCUUCUCAGGAAUGCAUGCCUGGAGCUAUUCUGGAUCAUUCCAAGAGGAUCCCAGCCACUGAGACUAGACUGUCCUUUCUCACACACAUACCCAGUGCCUAAAGCUGGUUGGCCUAUAGCUUCCCUGUCCCUGGGGGCUAGGUGAGGUUUCAGUGAGAGUCACUCUGCUUUCUUCAGACAUU